UUUCCCUUCACUGGGACCUUUAGGGAAAAAAAAUCAGCGGAGAGGUGUACUAUUUUCUUGCCCACGUUGAGAUUAUUACACUUCGCAGUGUGGUGAGGAUGGACGAGCGCGGCCGAGUCUACACCUCGACAAACUGUUCCGCAGAUUCCUUUGGAUUAUGUUGUGAUUCACGAUGCUGAUACAGUGGAUUACCAGCGGGAGUGAGAAGAUUAGGAUUACAGUGCAGAAAAUGGGCUGGAUUCUGUUUGUCUUGAUCACAUAUCAUCUUGCUUCUGUGGCUGUAUUGCCUUUCAGUGCCCUUGGUGCACCCAGUUCUGCAAAACGAAGAGAGGGCCUGACUUACCAGCCCAUCAUUGUAGCCCCUAAGAAUCAAACUGUGGCCGUCGGUGACACGGCAGUUUUCACAUGCAAGAAAAACCUCAGUGACUCGCAUCCUAAACUGCUAUGGGUCAAGCACUACCAGGUCAAUGGUUCCUACUAUUCGCCCACUGGCGUUUACAUCAGAGAAAUACAGAGUGAAGCAGUCAGCAACCCCGAGGAGCUGCUGCUUCGCCAAGUCUCUAUGGAGGACGCUGGCUGGUACUCGUGCCUGGACCUCACAGGUCCUACAUUUGCGAGCUAUGGCGCGUGGCUGACCGUGGUGACAGACAGAGGUUUUAGAUAUGAGGACCCGCGUUUCAUUGGCGGCAUGGCAGCCUUCAUCGUGGCCGUUGUCAUCUGCUUAGGGUUCGUCAUCGGCUGCUGGAAUCGUCGUCGUCGUCAGCGUCAUCAGCGCAUGCUUCAGCCACAGAAGCCCCUAAAGCGAGUCAUUAUCAUGAAGCCGAAUGACCAGUAUUGCCCCCAAAACGACCCAGAUGCCAUACAGCCUAUGGUCGUCCCACAAGUGAGAAUCGACUAUACACCGGGACGACAUCGCCUGUCUUCCGAGUUCACUGAUGUCUCCGAGUACGAGUUGCCUUUGGACACCAAGUGGGAGUUCCCCCGCGAAAGGCUGGUUCUAGGAGAUCGCCUAGGCGAAGGCGUGUUUGGUCUUGUAGUCAAGGCCCAAGCAUUUGGCAUCUUUAAGGACAAUAACUCUGUCACGGUCGCAGUCAAGAUGUUGAAGGAGGGUUCAACUGACCGUGAAAUGAUUGAUCUCAUUCGGGAAAUGGAGAUGAUGAAGUUGAUAGGCAAGCACAGAAACAUCAUCAACUUACUGGGCUGCUGUACUCAGAGAGGUCCUUUGUAUGUCAUCGUGGAGUUCGCGCCACACGGGAACUUGCGAGACUACCUGAAGAGUCACCGGCUUGUGGCCUGCAGCUUCACCUGUGUUUCGGAGUACGAGCGGCCGACCGUGGCACUGGUCCCUAACAACUCGGGAACGUCAGUCGCCGAGACCAACGAGCAGAAGGCGCUGACGCCCAAGGACCUCAUCUCCUUUGCCUACCAGGUGGCCCUCGGCAUGGAGUAUCUGGCUUCCAGACAGUGCAUCCACCGAGACCUGGCGGCCAGGAACGUCUUGGUGGCGGAGGAAUACGUCCUCAAAAUCGCUGACUUCGGCCUCACGCGCAAUCUGCAGCAGUCCGACUACUACAAGAAGACGACAGAUGGUCGAUGGAUGGCACCGGAAGCAUUAUUCGAUGGGAAGUACACUUCGAAAAAUGACGUGUGGUCGUACGGGGUGCUGCUGUGGGAGAUCUUCACGCUAGGUGAGAAUCCGUACCCGUCAGUACCCGUGACAGAUCUGUUCGACCAUCUGCGCAGCGGUCACCGAAUGAAGAAGCCAUACUACUCUACCCCUGAAAUGUAUGAUAUCAUGCUCUCGUGUUGGCAGGAAGACCCCAACAACAGGCCGGAUUUUAACAGUCUGGUACAGGAGCUGGACAAGAUAUUGAUGUCUUCAGUAAAGGAAGAGCAGGCCUAUUUCGAACUGGAGCCUAUGGAGGGACACAUGCGCACCUCCGACUCCCAGUGCUGCCCUAAGAGUCACGACAGCACGGAGCCUAAGGAGGGACCCAUGAGCACUUCCAGCUCCCGAUGCUGUCCUAGGUGUCACGACAGCACCAGCAGUGGCGACAACUCGGCGAUCGUUUGUCGUCGACUGGAAAUAGUGUUGGACUGAGUCUAACCGCGCUCUUCUAAUAUCACAGCGUGAAGGACCAAACGCUGGACGGACGCACAAAGCACCACACACACACACACAAACACACAUACACAAGGUUGCGUGAAUAGACACAAGGAAGGGUUGAGUCUCGUGAUUCUGUCUUUGCGUCAGAAACCGCCGACAGACAGCGACUGUUCGCCAGUCAGAGACAAAGCCGGGCCAGUUUCUCGUUUGUGUCGUUGACUUGGGACCUGCGUUAGGGCAUAUAGUGAGUACACGUGGACAAGUGUUUCGUCGUCGGUGCAACGUACUGCAGUCGCCACACGGGAAUCUCCAGGCGCGCAUGCGCCAAGGUGCGAAUCGAGGGCACUCUGGAGGCGACCAGCGUACGGAAUAGCAGAAGCGUCACGUGACUAAGAAACCAGCAGAUUUCGGGAGUUGCCACUAGCACCAUUACUAAAAAAAAUUUUUUCGAACAAUGGCAUCUGCUGUGUGGUUUGGGUGACGCAGAAAUGACUGCUCAGAUGCCUAGAAAAGAAAAAGAACUCCAAACCAUUUGCUAAAGCUCAGGAACUUGUUUUUAACCUUUCAACUUUGUUACUGCCACAUUUAUACCCCUUCCCCACAACUUUAAACCACGUCGUAUGUGGGUUAACUGUUCGUAUUGCUGAAUUAUUCAAAAUUUUACAUGUGGAAAAACCAGUUUUUAUUCGAGUUAAGACAUUUAUCUCUUGCACACACUGAGCAAAUUUAGACCUUAGAGAAAAGUGGAGUUAUCCUUUGAAAUGUACCACUUAAGCCACUUAAAUUACAGAUCUUGAAAGUUGGGGCGCUGGUUUUAUUUAUUUAUAAGUUGCCGGUUUUAUUUGUGAAAAGCAUAUCAGAGGGAUCAAUAUUACUGUGUCAGUGCGGGCGUGGAAAUGCGUGAGUUAGCUUGCGAUUGAUGAGAAAUUACUGUAAACGUGUCAGAGGUGUGUGGCAUGAAAACAGCCCAAAUGAUGUUACAUAUUUUUAUCUCGCAAUAUGUUUAUCUCCGUGACGAGUGGUACCCCAACUCCCUUACAGCUGUUAAAAUUAAAAAAAAAUAGCACAAAAGGUAUUUUACAUUGCGUCUUACCCCAGAAAACAAAACGUCACAGUGAACUACCUUGGCUUAGCAGAGACAGAGACGAAUGUUGUUAGGCUUUGUAGGAACGGCGAACGCAAAGCCAGAGCAGGGUGGGCAGCUGACUACCCAGUACUGCAGCUGUACGUGCCAGCAUGUUUGGUGUAUGCUAUUACUGUACAUAUUGUAUAUUAAUGGUCUGCUCAAGGAUAUUGUAUGCCAUCGUCAGCUCCAUAGCAACCAGGUCUUUAGCUUAACGUGCGCUGUAGCUACAGCUCGCGAUGUCCAGAAGAGACAGUGGGAGUCGUCAUGGCGCGGUGGACGCUGUGCACGUGUUGACGUCACGUGGCGUUGGCGCCAAGGCACCCGUGAGAUCGGUGCGUAGUUGGAGCUGUGUCAAUCCAAAUGCUUCCAGUUUGGUGUCAAACCGUCCGUUCUUACCCUCCUAGCCUUCCGUUACAGGUAUUAGGACUUCUGGGUGGUUAUUAUUUUCCGCUGACAUUAUGCCUUUGUUUUACGUGUACAGAAAGAAACGCGGCAGGCCCAGUGUGCCCGAUCAUUAUCUUUACUUCUUUCCAUUCAUUUGUCACCUGCUUAUACGCAUAGUUUACCUUUACACAUCAGUCGGCACCCUAUAAACUGAGUACGAUGCCAUCCGACCCCAAAUAGGUCAGUCUCGGGUUGUCUAGAAACUAGUAGUCUUAGCUACACAAACAAUUCGGGAGUGGUAGUUUGGUCAGAAGUUGUCCGGGUAUUUUGACUUACCCUCGAGCCUUUAAAAAAAAAUCAGCUAGACAUGCAGAUUUGUAAUGCGGUCUGUAUCAAGAGCUGAAGCAGCAGACCGGAAAUAAAGCUGCCUUAAAAAGCACCCAUUACAAAAUAUUUUCUAAAAUGUGUUCACAAAUGUUUUACGAGAAAUUCGCAUUUUUGUUGUCUUUAACCCAGAUAAGGGUCAAACUUGUUGAAAGCGCGGGAGCGCUGAGAUGUGUUCAUUUGCGUCUUUUGUUUACUGCAUUUGUUGAAUGUUCGGUUUGCAGAGCGCGCAAUACCGGACUUGCUGCCCCAGUAGAAACUAUGCUUUAUUUACACGCCUGUUUUGAGUUUAGUGAGUGGAAUCUCUCCCCUUUUUAACAGAAAAAGAAAAUGCAUUUAUUUUUUAUUCUUUAUAUUUUCUACUCGAUCAGAAUGUUUUUUUUCAUAUGAUUGAAGAGGAAUUGCGAAAUGAAUGAUUUGUUAGGCAACAAGCAAAAAUAGAUUCUGAACAAAGAACAAAAAUGUUUGGUAGAGCUUUGAUGACUAAAAUUUGUUCUCUGUUUUUUCUUCCUUCUUUCUUUACGGAUUCAUCACCCACAUACCGUUUUCACAAAAACCACAUUCCAUCGUUUUGCAGUCCCAAGGAAGAAAAACGGAACAUAAUCUUUAUAGGUGGUAAUUUAUUGUCCUUGUUGCCAAAGUGUUCAUUGACUAAUAUUUCUUAUUGCAUCGUGUAUCUUUUUAGCUGUAAAAUGAAUGCUUUCACUCGAGUGUUUUGAAGCGUUCCUUCCAGAGCUUCGUGCACCACCAGGCUUGCUUUUGUGUUACCAAGCCUUUUUCGAGAGCACUGCCAAUAAUUCAGAUCGAUCUCAGAAGACUGCCAAACCGGAAAUGUCGGUGAAUUGGAGAAGAAAGAAAGAAAGAAAGAAAGAAAAAAAAAAAGAAAAAAAAAGAAAAAAAGAAAAAAAAGAAAAAAGAGAAAGAAAGAAAAAACAAAUUAUGCCACAGAAGUCUCCGAACUUUCACAGAGCUUCGAGCAGUGCAACAGUCACCAACGAAAUCAGAGCUAGGGGUGGAAAGAAACCAAAAAGUUUA